GUAGAUUCUCUCUAAUUUACGUUAGCAAAAAGCGGCCUAAAAACUUCCCUUAUUUUUUCACUGCUAACUCAACUUGUAACUUAACUUUCAUUUCAUUUUUUGUUUUAAUGACCAUAUCAUCUUCUAGUGUCCCAUUCUUGCAUGCUAGCGCCACUUUCAUUUGACCUUGCCACAGAUUAAUAAUAGACUUUGUGUACGAUUUGUCGCCAAAACCUCAGGUUUCCGCAUUACGGUUUCGUUAAUCGUCGUUCCAAGAAUUGGGUUACCAGAACUUAGAAAUAAGUCUAGGAUUUGCGAAUUUCAGAUUUCUGGAAAACCAUAUCGCAGAACUUUGCCAUUUAUAAACAAGAGGCAAAUAUUUUCACUGCAGGCCAUCAGCCAAAAGAUAUUAAUUUCUAGCACAAUUAAAAUGGCUUUUUGAUGUUGAAUUGUAUAUACCCUCCUAUGAAAAAACCUUUUAAAAACUUCUUGAGCCAGCUAGUCUCCAAAAUAUAUUUUGUACAUCAAUAAAAUAAUAAAAUUAAAGUUUCCUAACUAAGCCUCAAAAUCAAAUGCUUUGGUGCAUACAGAUGGCAAUAAAGUAAUGAAUAUCGGUAGUUGAUUUAAAUCAGCAAUGGAAAAUAUUACAAAGAAACAAGGAAUAAAUAAAUAUGUAACUAUUUCUGCAACUCUGUGGCAUUUUAACACAAUUCCCCCUCCCUGAAUUUUCAAAAACCCACACUAACAAGGACAAUAUUGUCCAUAGUAUAACACCUUUCAUUGGCAGGAUGGUGACCCAGUGUCUACUAUAUUAGGCUAUAGGGGCACAAUGGCUGUUCAAGGAGGCUAAAUCCACCUUUAAGCACCCAGUUUGUUAGAAAAUUUCAGAAAUUUUGAUAAAUGUGUUGUCAGCCACCCCUCCAAGAAUACAAGCUCUCACUGUGUACCUGUCGGGCUUAUCAAUUGACUCAAUGCAAGUUGUGAAUGUUUCACAGGUGAUUUUUUUUGCAGUGAGAAUUUCUGUACUCUGUAAAAUACAGGAAAAUUAUGAAAAAACUCUAUACAAUUUUUGGAACUGAUUUUGAAUUAACUGAGAAUGGCCACAGGAUUGUUUUGCAAUUUCAUGCCCCCCUGUUGAAUUUUUAUUGCACACUUUUCUUAAAAUGAUUAUUAUAAAUUUUUGUGGUAAUGAGAAGAGCUAAAAGAUAUUCUGAAGUUUGUUAUUUAAUGGCUUUCAAAUUUCAGUCUCCCUUUACCAUCAUUUGCUAAAACAACAUACUGAGUGAUGUCCUAUUCAUUCUGAGUGAUUGUCCUUUUUACUAAACAGUAUUUUAUUGACUGUUAUGUCAUUUGCAAAGCUAUAAAAAGUUACCACUCCCAUUGUAUAGCCUUGUCUACAAGAAAACCUUGACCCAGCAAUCUCUCACUUGAAAGCUUUUGCCUCAGAAAUGUAGUUAUUUAGAUCUUCUUGCAGAUAUUCCAUCAUGCAUCUAAAGAUAUCAAUUAUUUAUUUGCAUCCAAUAGCAACAGUAAAAGUUGUGUAUUAUAUGUGUCAUGGCACCUGAGAUUUUUUCCUGCAUAUUUGAUGAAUAUUAGUACCUGAUGAAUCAGUGUAUGGGAUUUGGACAUCAGUGUAUGGGAUACAGAGUAUCAGUCUUUAAUAUAUUAAAUCUAUCACUGAGUGCUAGAUAGUUUCCAAGCAGCUUGAUAAUGUCUGGUUUUAAUCAAAGACAAGUUAUUAUGGGGAAUGAGUUUUCCUGCAAUGAGAGGAAUUUUCUGCCAACUCCAACAGAAAAUUCUACUCCAACAAAAAAUUCUGAGCAAGAAGAUGAUGGUACUGAUGAUUAUCUUGAAGGUGAUGCCUUCUAUCAGGUAUGUUGGCAGAGCAGAGCUAGGGGUUAGAGCCAAUAGUCGCUGCAUGCUUGCUCCCCUUCAAGAGGUAAAAAGUGAACCCCUAUUCUUGGAAGAAGCAAAAUUUCUGGGAAGAGCAGAGUAUUCUGGCCUCCCAUUCUGCCAGAAAGCCAAGCCUCUCCUCUACUAAAAAGCUGCAAGAUGGCCAUCAGGAAACAUUGUUUCUUAUUCAAUGUAGCAAUAUUACUGUAUACUGUAUCAACCGUUUCAAAUGUCUCAUAAAUAUAGUAUCUUUGGACAAGGAGUCUAAUGUACAGCCGUUAAAAAUUUGUCGAUAGAUAUGUUUCCGCUGGGAAAAAAAUUUGUUCCCAUUAAGAUAUUCUGUCGACACUAGUUUCAUGAAACCUAUUUUCAUCAUUUGGUGUUGGCCUUUUCUGAAAAAUUUGACAAGAAUUGUUAUUCCAGUUAUCAACAAAUAAUUCGUAUUUGUUUCUGAUUUCUCAAAUUUAAAAGAGCGAAGUUAUCAGGUCGAGCUAAAGUUAAGUAUUAUAGUUUUCAGAUAAAAGCAAAUUUUAAAAAAUGAUUGAAUGAUUAAAGUAUUACGAGUAAAAGAAAUUAUGACAAAAAGUACACAACGUGCAUUUUGCUGAUGUGCCUUUAUAUUAAAAACACUCGUAAACAAGCAGCUCUCCUGCGAACCUGAAGAACCUCAUUGAACGCAAAGUUCCGGCUCCCCUCGCUUCCGACGGCGCGGUAAUUGUAAUGAAGUAUUUGUAUGAUAUAAACCCGUGAUAGAUGGGGAAUAACAGUUAAAUAGAAAUACUGGUGUACUUGUUACCUUCCUUAAAAAUGAAGAGAAUGUAGGGAUCAGUUUAAAUAAAAGAAACUGAUAAUCAAAGUAAGUACGUGCUAGUAAUACACAAGUUUGCUUCUCUCAUUUAACCUGUAAAAAUAGCCCGCAUCAGGGAGAGAAGGUGAUAAAACGAUCAAAAAAUUUGGAGAGGAACAAAAAGGAUUGUCGUCUUAUUCUAAUUUAAAAUUAUUUUGUAUCUGUAUUUCUAUGUGUAUUGAAACUGUGCCAAAGGUUUGGAACGUAAAAUGGAGGAAAACAGGGGAAAAUGGUACUUUUGAAGAUGGUAUACACGUGUUUAUUUUAUAAGAAAUUUGGAUCAGCAUAUAUUGCUUAAAGUUUCUUAAUUUGGCAUCCAAGUUUUGGCGUUGUAGUACUAAAAGUCUCUUAGUUGGUUUCUUGUUUCGGGAGCUUAAAUUGCCUUACUGUUUUGAUUUUAAGCAUCUUUGGAAGAAUAUGAAUGCAGAUCGUCACGAAACAACCCAUUCAGAUCAAAAUUAAAAAAAUGCUAUCUUUUCCAAAGAAAAAUCAACAAAAUUAAAGCUUUUGAAUUUUGCUUAAAAAAUAAAAUUUCUAGAGUUUCUUACUUUUUCGAUACCUAGUACUAAUAUUUGUUAAAUUUUUGGGUGUCCUAGUACUAGUAUCUUAUAAACCAGUUUCUUAUGAAUAAAAAACGUGUACCAUCCAUGGCAGGUGACUCUUUAAUAACACAGCCUGCAUGCAGACUCAACUAUUGGAAAAGUAGGAGAAAUUUCGCGUAGUAGAAAAAACUCAUGAUGCCUGCUAUUUCACGACGGAGAAGUUUUAGCGUCUGCGCGCAGGCUAUAAUAACAAAAAUUGCAAUGUUACAAGGUGAAAAAGAUCGCAGAAAAUGGAUGGCCAUAUCAACUCUUUUCCAUGACAGGCAUUAUACCAUUGCUGUCAUCUCACUCAUUCUGAUUAUUUCAUGAUUUUUGGCAAACUAACUUUCUGCCCUUUUCUAACAAUAGCAGAAUGUUGACAACACCGGUAAGACUGUAACUCUCUUAGGCUCUUCUUUCACUGAGAAGAAAUAAAAUUUUGAAACCAUAUUUAUGCGGAAGUUUUGUUACGAUAAACUCUCUGUCUCCGUCGAUCUCAUUUAGAUCUAUUAUGCUUGGACAAUUUUCUCUUCGCAAACAGACAAAUUUCCGACAACGUUCUUCAUAUUUUGCCAGUAAAAGAACGAUUUCCACCAACAUCAUGAUGUCUUUUGCAUUUCAUGGCUGGACCCUGCUAAUUACUUUUGCUCUAAACAUAGCUACGACGAUAAUGAUGAAGUAGCAGUGCGUGAUAUUUUGAAAUUUACGUGGUAGUCCGAAGGUUUACAGUCUUACUGCCUAUUCAGGGAAACUGUGACCUCUGCCAAACAUUUCUUUAUCAAUUGAUUGUUCUUGCUUUAUGUACAGUCAAAUAAUAUUUUAGUAAAGAACUCGAAUAUCUUUACAAUGAUUAACCAUAUUCUUUGUUUGGUACUAGUUAAGGAAUGCAGUAUAAACUUCGGUUAAAGAAUCAAAGUUACUUCGUUAAUGAUUCUUCUAAAAUGGCCUAAACAUUUUCUUUGUUGCCACAAUAUUUCCACAGAAGAACUUCACAACGAGAGGAAUUCGAUCCGAGACAGAAUUUUCUAAAUACGUUAAAAACACAAUUUUUGCUAAAUUGUCCCGUGUAUUUUGCGUAGAGACAAAAAAGCUAAUUUUCUUACAGGUUAGGCUUCUUUAUCAUCACUACUUUAAUUCAUCCUUGUGUCCUUGUGUUGAUUUGUUUCUAACACUUUGUCUUUGAAUUCUAACUUGUGGUUUCGUUGAAACAGGCCUGAGGAUGCAACCUAGAUACUGGCAGAAUAAUUUUCAAAUUCCACAUAUUUUUUGCAAGGUUUCUUUUCGUAAGGCCCUUUGUGUAUCACUUUCUUUUUAGCAAAAUAUUUAGGGAAUCAAUAGUCUUAUUGCGAUGUCUUCAGUUUUUGUAUUUAAGAUGGCACUUGGCAUUUGCAGAAUGGUCUCAAAUUGUUCAUUGAUACUUUUUUGCGUCCGUUCUUUUGUUUUUGUUUCUCUAUUCAGCUGUAGAAUCGACAAUGCUCUUUCUUUUUUCUUUUCUGUAUCUCAGACCUAUUUUUUCACAAUUCCCCGAUAAUUGUCUUUUUCAUUCUUCCUUCAUAAACUCUAUUGCUGUUCCUGGCUAUCUCAAAAAGCCCUUGAUCCCACCCAAGUUUAGUAGCGCAAUUUUUGUUUGUACUUAACCAUGUAGACCCUUUUUACAUCUCUCGCAUGUUCUCGGAGCAAAUUGUGAUGUUAUUUUCGGUGUCACUGUGAUUUUUCUUUUAUGCUUUUUUACAGUAACUCUGAUCUGUGCCUUUGGGUUUUCUGUCCCUAUAUUUGAAUCUAAUUAGAAAUUAUUGUUCUUAUUUCUGUUCUUCUCUUUUUCUUCCCUCCCUUUUUGGAUCAGCAGUGCUAGAUUGAAUUCGUAUUAUCGUCGUAUAUUCGUAUUGUCCUAGCCGUCGAUAGGAAGCAGUUAUUUGGCAAUACAGAAGCUCUUUUAGAUUAUAGCGAAAUUCUUUUGCGAAAGGAUACCAUAAUUUACGGCAGGUGUUUUGACAUUGUUUCAUUCUCUACAUUGUCUUGUCUGGUAUUUUGAAGAUUUCCUUCCACCGACUAUUGCCUUUACAACCACCACACUAGGAAUGGUCCUAGUAGAUGCAGUUCUGGCUGUCCCUUCAAAUAAUUGUUUGAUAAUGCACUGUAAAUUGACACCUUGUUAAGUUCACCUUGUUUUGUCGUUGAAUAUUUAUUUUACAUAGUUAGUCUACCAAAUACAAAUGUACAAGUAAACUAAUCUAAAUCGAUUUUUCUCUAUUCAUUUCGAUCCAAUGCUUACUUUCUAUUUCCUAGAGGACCCGUAUUUAGUCGAGGGAACCAGCCAAAUGGCCAUACAUAAAUCUUAUCACUUGAUUGUCACGGCCAACAUUACCAUGAAGCACCAUGAAUAUCUUUGUCAAUAAAUUUUUUUACAUACCUGCACAUUUUCCUAUGCGUAACUGUGUAUCAGGCACAUUGAUCUUUAAAUAAUUAACGUCAAAAAUUUUGAUUGGGCUGGUAUGGUAUUAUUGCCCUGUACCUCUAGGGUUUUUAUCAUGUUUGCCAUGCAAGAUGUGAUAUUAUGCUUGGCAUUGCUACAGUGCCAUCCUUCUAAUGUUUUUUGUUUGGGUUUCUAGCGAAUUGGCACUUAAAUAACUGGUUUUUUUUCAGUCUUCUUGAGGUCACAGUUAUGGAUUGGCAUUAAAUAAUUUCUAGAUUUAUCGUUGGACCAUGAAGGUCUUUGUUUUUCCUUAUAUUUCAUCUUUGCUUUUUCUUCAGUCAAUUAGGGAAGCUUUUCUUUUAGCCCCUGCGCCAGGUUGCUACAAUGCUGUCGGUUGUCAUGGAGACUUUUACUGUCAGCAAAUCUGCUAUCGCAUGUUGCUCCUACUGUUUCUGAAAAUGUCCUGCACCAUUGCCUAACGUAACCACUUGAAGAUAGUAGAAAGCCUUAAAGGACAUUUUUCUACGAGGCCAUAUAAUUCAUUUUGACAUCAUUGGAAUUAUAAUUUUGCUAGUGACUUGAAGAUGUCAUCAACAUAGUUUCUAUUUUUCUUCCUGUUGUUUUAUUUUCCAUGGCUUCACGAAUGCCACUCCUCUGCGUGGCCAGGUCGCAAUUUCUUUUUUACAGGAUCCUUGAAUAUCGAAUGAGUUUAUUACGAUUUGAAGUUUGAUGUUUGCAUCUCCCUGCAUCUGAUGUUAACAGUACAAAGACGAUAUAACACUCUGUAACAGUCCUGCCCUGGAAUCCAUCGAAUUCAAAGUCAUUUUGUUCUUAGAAUUGACUAUUGAAUUUUUAAGCUGCAUUGCGCUCUGAAUUUUUAGCCCAGGGCGUGCAGCUGCCUUUGUGAAGUUAAUGGAAGUGUUAGCGACAGGUUGACUCUGAACUGAUGACGUAACACUGUUACAAAGUUUACCAAGAGCUUUGCAAGAAGAGUCAUUGUUUUGCAAAUAGAUCUCUCGUCGUCUGUUUCGAGCGAGGCGAGCUUAUCGAAGCGAUCUCGGCAAUUUGUGUUGUCUCUACGUAAAGAUGAAAGGAUUGCAGUUCAGCUUUAGAAAGACAACAUUCGCAUGGCUGAUUUACAGUUUGACGCUGUGAUAAAACGGAAAGUCAACAGAUAAUCGAGACGCGGAUAAUGUAAUAUCAUUCCAGUUGUUACUUAAUAUUUGUGUAGUCAUGUCAGGAAGUGAGAAAAAGAACGGAAGUUGUGGACAAGUCAUGCGAAAAACGUCAGUACAUUGCGCAAUAUUAGAACAGCACCUCAAGGCGGAUUACAAAGCGAGAGACUGCUGGGACUUCAUGUGCAAUGGCUGCAAGUUGAUCAAGAUACGGAGGCUGAAGAAACAAAAGCACAAGGGAAAGAAGAAAUAUUUUAUACUUGAUGAAGAUCUCUUGGGAUUUAGAUACAAGCCAUGCAAUAAGCCCAAGGGAUAUAAAGUUUCAAUAAACAUGAUCAAAGAUGUCUUGUCGGGAAGCAGCCUUCCACCUGAUGACAUCAUUUCAAAAUAUCACAGAGAUUGCCAAAUCGUCAUUCUGUAUGAAAAGAAAAAUGUUCUCACCAAAAUGCAUUUGGUUACAUUUUCAAUCGAGGCUGCAUCGAAAUGGGCGUUUGGCCUGCAAGCGAUGAUUAAGCGAAAAGGACUGCUGCUGUCAAAACCAGAUCCACUCAGAGACGAAUGGUUGAAAGCUGCAUUCCAAGAAUUUGAUGCUGACGGAAACGGCGCCUUAUCGCUAACUGAAGUUGAAAAUUUGUUACUUAGCCUGAAUAUUGAUUUGGAAUCAAAGAUCCUCAAAAUGCUGUUCAAUGAGGCAAACAUACAAGGUAUUCAAGGACACAAGAAUGGAACCCUCACUAAAGAAGAGUUUGCCGACUUCUUUAAGAGAAUUUCAACUAGAGAGGAAAUUGUCAUUCUACUGGAAAGAUUUGCAGAGAACAACACAAAUUUAACAUUGGAGGAGUUCAAAACUUUCUUAAGUUCAAAACAGCUCAUGCAAGGUGUAACAAACGAAAUGGCACGGGAGAUAAUUGACAAGUUUGAGCCAGUGAAGGAAUGUAAAGAGUCUGCUAGACUUGGAAUCGACGGUCUAACAAAGUUCUUGUUGUCAGAUGAGGGGAAUAUUCUGAUUUCGAAAUGCAAAGAGGUUUAUCACGAUAUGAAUCAGCCUUUGUCGCAUUAUUUUAUUGCAUCUUCUCACAAUACGUAUCUUUUGGAAGACCAGCUGCGUGGUCCAUCUUGUGUCAGUGCCUACGUCUCUGCCUUAAAACAGGGUUGCAGAUGUGUAGAAUUGGACUGCUGGGACGGAGAGGAUAACGAGCCUGUCAUUUACCAUGGUUAUACGUUCACAUCAAAAAUCCUUUUCAAAGAUGUCAUUGCUGCGAUCAAAGAGCACGCAUUCUGCAGCUCACCGUACCCUUUGAUAUUGUCGUUGGAAAAUCAUUGCAGCAUUGAUCAGCAGAAAGUUAUGGCAAAGCAUCUUGUAAAGAUUCUUGGAGACUUAUUGUUUGCCGAACCGAUUGACGAGAGUCUGGCGUCACUUCCUUCACCUGAGUCUCUGAAAUACAAGAUUCUCCUCAAGGGAAAGAAAUUAUCAAUGGAGAAAGAGAAAGACGAUGACGAUCUGGGUGACGUAUCAGACGAAGACGAGGCUGCUGAAAUGGUUAUUCAAGAUGGCGACGAUGUUGACGGACUUAAGAGAGACAAGCAAAAAGAAAAAGAAAAGAGUGAAAGACCAAAUGGAGUAAUUCGUCGCAUUAGUGUUUCACGUUCUUUGAAUCGUGGAUCAAAAUAUGGCAAUCUGAAGCUAGCCAAAGAAUUAUCCAGACUGGUUAACUACAUCUCCUCUGUGAAGUUCCAAUCAUUUGAACAAGCCCAGGCCAAAAACAAAUUUUAUCAGAUGUCUUCCUUUGGCGAGUCGAAAUUCAUCGCCCUCGGUGACUCGGAGGGGAAUUCGUUCGUGAAGCAUAACACGAAGUUUCUUAGUCGCACGUAUCCAGGUGGAAUUCGUGUGGACUCUAGCAAUUACAACCCACAGGAUGCUUGGAAUCUUGGUUGCCAAAUUGCUGCACUCAACUAUCAAACUGACGGGCAAAUGAUGGACCUGUAUCGUGGUAAAUUUACUGACAACGCUAACUGUGGCUAUCUCCUCAAGCCAUGUUUCAUGCGAGAUGAAAGCUCGAAAUUUGAUCCAAGAUCAGAUUCUUGGAUAGAUUCUCAGGAUGAAACACGUGUUCAUAUACAAAUAAUCAGUGGCCAGCAAUUACCGAAGAGUAAUAGCUCAAAGCAGAGAAAAGUGAUUGAUCCAUAUGUUCUUGUGGAGACCUUUGGUGUUCCGUGUGAUACCAACGAAAAACUGUACUGCACUAAAACAAUUCACAACAAUGGUUUCAAUCCAGUCUGGAACGAAGACUUGUCUUUCAGUGUGAAAGUACCGGAGCUUGCCUUAAUCCGGUUUGCCGUUUAUGAUUCUGACCUCGGAUCCGACGAUUUCCUUGCCCAGUUCACAGCACCUUUGAGCUGUCUCAACCAAGGUUAUCGACACAUUCGUUUGCUGUCAAGGCAAGGGACAGUUGUACCAAAUGCGACAUUGUUCGUACGCGUCACAUUUGACCUAACCGCUGGCUGAAGUAUUGCUGCGCAGGCUGAUAUAUUGCUGCGCAGGCUGAAGUAUUGCUGCGCAGGCUUUGUGUCGUUUUUAUUGUUUCGUCAAAGUUGGAGAAUAUCUCUUCAAUUUGAAGCAAAUAUGCCACAGAGGUCUUCUGGUUUUCUGCUUGCGACUGGACAUUGCGUUUUUUAUAGACCUUCCUUGAGUAGUUGAGCUCCGUUUGAAGGGUGAAAUUUGACUUUAUUUAUUGCCUCACCCAUUCAUACUACAAGGAGAUUCAAUGAAUUACAUUUUUCUAACUAACUUCGUGUAAGUUGAUUGUGCUCACGUCUAGAUAAUGAACAGAGUAGGGUAGUUUGUUUCGCUUAAUCGCAUAUUGUGCAUUCUGAAUAUGGCAGGGUCCUACUAAGUAUCCAUGAAUAUACUAUUUUGCGUGCGGUACAAUAUCAUGCUAUAAUAAUGAUGAAUGUAACUACCAGGAAAAAAAUUUAUUAAAUGAAUAAACGACGAUUCGAGCAUAGCCCGUUAUCAAGACUAAGUAAAUUUAAGGGGAAAAUGCGUGGGAGAAAGUUCAGUUUUCAGAAGUAAAAAAUUUGAUCAUGAUAAAAUUGCAAUUUAAAACCGGUUGGUGUUUGACUGUCAGGACUUUUUUAAUUGAAGAGCCAUGAUGUAUUAAAAAGUGGCUGAUGGCAUCUUCCUGUUAGCUGACGAGAGAACGUCAUCUUUUAAUAAAAAUGGAUGGGACGGGCAGAAGUGACCCGAUUUUAU